AUGGACUUUAGCAAGAAACACAAGACGAAGGGGGAUGCAUCGCUGAUGGCAGGGCGUCAUGAAGAAGACGGGGCACCGGUGACGCAACUCUUUCCCGAUUUGAGUGCCACGCUUGACAGCACCAAACCCCUUCCUAAAGACUGUUCCACACCAAAGUUAGAAGUCACUGGAAUGCCCUCUACGCAAGCAGCCGUGCACGGUGGUGCAUGCACAUCCAAAGAGAAGCUCGAUACUAAGUGGACAUCGACCAACACCUUGAAUCCCGCGCCGGUUGAGGUAAGACGACGUGAGGUAAGAAAUUCUCAGGGCAUUAGACUGCGCAUUGCGAGCAAAAAAAAGCCGGUGAUGCGUGAUAAUGCGACAAAUGAGGCUGAUAGUUUGGUGCGAACACCAAGAGAAGAAGAUUGUGUGGAUGAACCUGAUGCGCAGCGUAGGAGCACUGAGGAGAUGAGUGGUGCAAAACCAUUGUCUGCAACCGUUACUUGGCAUGACGACCAAGGGAGUUUUACCAGUGAACAAUGUGGAAGCAGUGAUGGCAUCCCUCGCUACCAUUUGCUUUCUGUGGAGGAGAGGCUCCGUGUCAUAAAGGAGGCACGAAUAAAACGGCUGGAUAAGAUGCAGGAUGAGCUUGCGAAGGCGAGAGCAGGGACUAUUGCGCCACGGCCAACCACACUAAUAAAAGUUAAUCAAAACAGACUUAAGGCCAUUGUGGGGCGCCCAUCUUCGACCGCCAGCGGCACCAGUUUACCACUUCCGAUUCAGGAGCGUUCGGCUGAUGAGUCUCAAGCAGAAUCACUCGAAAGGGAGGCCUCAUUGUUUGGCACUGAGGUGUCGUUGGCGCCGCGUUUGCUAGCUGUUUCCCCCAACACAGUACAAGAAACAGAGGGGGAGGUUAACACUUCACCAUGGAUCGAAAAGGAUGACUAA